UGUUUUCGGCUGCGAGUCGGCCGGCGGGGAAACCGACGCCUACGAGAGAGCUUUAAAAAAAACACAAGGAAUUUAAUUUGCGGUGUUCUUGUGGACACGGUCCUCGGCUGCAUCUGCCUGCGACACCGUACGUACCUGGGUGCUUUAGCUUCCUCUGAUCGAUGGGAGGGAACUGCUCCGUGCUGAUGGGCGACGAGAGAUGCGCCAUGGCUUCGCUGAGGUCGUCGUCGGCCGCCCUCAUGCCGUGGUGCAGGCGCCUGGGCGACAACGCGAUCGUAUGCUGCACGCCGGCGCACCUCUCCGCCGAGACGAUGCAGUUGAUCUCCGUCAUGGCCGCCGCAACAUUGAUGCUUGCUACAGGAACAAGCAUACGGAAACCUUUACUUGUGCCUCUCUUUGCUCUACGAGCUCCUUCUAGUGUCGUCUUAUGGUUGAGGGAUGAUUACGGUCGGUGGACUGCUUUUCUUGGUGGUCUUCUGCGUUUGCUAUACUUCAUUCCAGGUGAACUGGAACUUCCUUUAUCAACAGUGCUGCUUGUUACGUGCGCUCCUUACCAAUUUAUUAUGAACUUGAGAAAGUCUCAAGGUGCAGCAAUACUGGCCGCGGCAACAGCGGGUUAUCUCAUGUUCCAACAUUUCACCAGGAUGAGAUGCUUCAGGAAGGCCUUUGACCGUGAAUCAAUAAUUGCCACAUCUAGCAUCAUCUGCAUGACAGUUACCAGCCUUACAUUGGUGUUCUGAUCCAGCUCAAGCUGAAGGUACAUUGCAGGAGCUAACAUGAAAAAUUCAGUCUGCAGAGAACACUUGAAAAAAUGCAAAAACAAAACAAAAAACAAAAAACAAUCAUUUCUUUUGUAGGCAUAAGUUUGAAUACAGUGCAAUCAUUAAUUGGUUUGUAAAUUUUGUUUCCUCGAUCACAGUUAAUUGUGAUUAAACUACUGGCAUCUUGGCAGUGUUCCUGAAAGUCUUGGUUGAACUGCAUCACUUUUGAUCGUAUUGGAAUGUCUGCCGAGAAGAAAGGAUUGCCCUUAGCUAUUGCAGUGUUCCUCUGUUUCUUGUGUGAUCAAUUUGGAAUAGAACAUGAGAAAAAUUUUGAGUGCUACAGAAUCAAUUGGACCUUUCUGCAAUUUAAA